AUGGCGACGUUCGCGCAGAAGACGUUUGACGCGGUGCGGUACGCCGCAGCGCGUCCUACCUACCCCAAGCAGUUAUACGACUUCCUCUUCGCCCACCACGGACGCGACCCGCGCGCGCGAUGGGACACCGCGCUCGACUUGGGCUGCGGCACCGGCCAAGCGACGCUUGAGCUGACCCCCUUCAAGAAUGUCAUCGGGUCAGACCCCUCAGAGGGCAUGCUCGUGCAAGCACGCGAGGUAGUCAAGUCGCGCCCGGAGCUCGACAGGCCGGGGCGGUUCAAGUUCGUACAGAGCGCGGCGGAGGAGCUGGGCUGGCUGGAGGAAGGGAGCGUGGAUCUGAUCGUCUCCGCCCAAGCCGCGCACUGGUUCGACUGGGCCAAGCUCUGGCCCGAAGCCGCGCGCGUCCUCAAGCCCGGAGGCACCCUCGCCGCCUGGGGCUACUCGCAAUUCCGACUCCCGCAAUACCCCUCCCUCACGCCGCUCAUCCACGAGUACUGCCAAGGCACGGACCCGCUGCACUCCGUCGGGCCAUACUGGGAGCGACCGGGGCGAACCAUCGUCGACGAUCACCUGCAGGCAAUUCCAGACCCGCGCACCCUCUCCGCCGCGUCCUGGGCGGACUUUGAACGCGUCUACUUCACGCGGCCGCACCACGCGCUGCCGGAGGCGCGCCCGUCGAUCCUGCGGACGCGCACGACGUGGGCGGGCAUGCUCGCAUACUUGCAGACGUUCUCCGCGCUGCACACCAUGAAAGCGAAGGUGCCAGAGGCCGCGGACGUGGAGGUGCGGUUUUGGCGUAAGCUGAGGGAGGAGGUGGCGCGAUUGGAAGGGAAGGAUGGGGGCGAGGCGGGGGAGGGCGAGGAGGUGGAGGUGGAGUGGCCGAUGGCGGUGUUGCUUGCGAGGAGGGCGUGA